AGUUAGAAUGCGAUAUCGAACUAAACACAACGUGCACGUAAAGAUUGGCCAGUACGCGAAUUGUUUGCGAAAGAAUUAGUUAAACUAAAUCAGUGCAAUUUUUUAUUUUAAAGUGGUGCGUUUUUGAUACAUGUGGAUUUGAAAAUUACGGGAAAGCCACAAAAACAAAAUGGCCGCUGUGAAGAUAAUCAUUGCAGCAAUCCUAACGGUUGUAUCAUGCGAACCGCCGGCGUCCUAUAAUUACCAACCGUCUGGGAACACCAACGCUCUCAACAAUGAUUACCUACCCCCUAAUACUGGUUACGGCACCCCAACUGAUUAUAAUCCUCCCUCUUUCUCUUCGGGACCUGGACAUCAUCACAGCCACGGACACGAUGAGAAUCAAGUGCCCAAGUCCUAUGAGUUCGGUUAUUCAGUGAAAGACGCUCUGAGUGGAAACGAUUACGGCAGACGAGAAAGUUCGGACGGAAACGUGGUCAGAGGGGAGUACAGAGUCCAGCUGCCUGAUGGAAGAACGCAGAUCGUAACAUACCAUGCCGAUUGGCAGACCGGCUUCCACGCUGACGUUCGGUAUGUAGGAGAAGCGAGGUAUCCGGAGACCCUCCCGAAUUACAACCGAGGAGGGAAUACAGGUUACAAUUACGAAGCCCCCACAGACUUCACCGGGUCUUUGACCGGCUUCCACGGAACUGGUCGAGCUCCCUCCCCAGUCUACGGUUACCAUUGAAACCAAAUAGAAAGCACAAUUUUCAAUAGCGUACUAUGAACAAUGAAACGAUUGAAUUGCGCCCACGACACACUAAGGACGGCCUUUUUUUUUAACGUUGGGAAAUCCAUUUACGGAUACCCGGUGUGGGGGGGUAACGAACCGGGUUAUGUCGGACUCCGGCGCCUCCCGAGAGGAAGAGGGAGACGAGGAGGGCCAAGGUUCUACAAAAUUCCUCGCAGGAGACUACGCGUUGAAAAAAGCGCGCUCGCCACACCGGCUACACCAGACCUAAGGUCAAGGCAGUGCGCGCCGAAAGUCCGCCUUCGCCGGUAACCGUCCUGAUUAUAAGAUGGGAUUUCAUCGAGAGUUACACCGUGGGCGGCGCACAACAGCCACCAUGCACCGCCCCACCACCGGACCGACAGUCGAGUACCGGGCGCCCCCGCACCCGCCACCUGACAGUCCCUACGGGGGCUGAGCGGGUGAUUCACGCCCGCGCCGCCCACCCCGCCUUCUGCGCUGAGGUGCUGAAGAGGGAUCCCAUUCCCUUUCGCGCUCCUCAGCCUCACGGGACACCCUUACCAGGUCACAAAACCUGGCCAUGGCCUCCCACAAACUCUGAUGCUCUAACAUGCGGGCGAUGAGAUCUCGCCGCGAGUGCUCCCAACGCGGGCACGCUUCGAGUGCGUGCUGAGCGUCAUCGUCCGGGUGCCCGCACUGGUGGCAUCCCGGAUGUGGCUCUCUCCUGCAGACCUUCCACAGGUACCUCCCGAAACAGCCAUGUCCCGGGAGGACCUGCGCAAGGUGAAAGGAGUACGCCGAGAGUACGCCGUGACGCCGAUCCGACCAUGCCUCCAACACGGGCACCAGGGACUCGAGGGUUUCAAUGUAAUAAUUUAUCUAAGUUUACUUUUAACAUUAUUGUUCGUAGUACGAAUUGAAUUUUUUUCGUUUAGGUACCUGAUAUCGAUAAGUAUUAUUUCAUCACAAAUUGUUUUUAUUAGAAAUAAAUGUUUUUAUACUAAAA